AUGGCGAGAUGCGACCAUACCACCGGUGGCGAGAUCGUUCUAUCGCACGACGAUCCGAUGUAUCUUCAAAGCUCCGAUCACCCUGGGAUGAAUCUGGUGUCAAUUCAGCUGAACGGCAACAACUUUCUACCAUGGAAGCGAGCUGUUCUCAUCGCACUAGGCGCGAAAAACAAGCUUGAUUUCGUUAAUGAUACGCUUUCACCUCCUCAGGAUCCCGAUGAUUAUAAUAAAUGGAAAAAGACUUUGGGAUAUCAUAAAUCAAAGGUUUGGCGAGUCAAAUGCGUCGUUGCUAUUCAGUUUGCAGAAGGAGAUCGCCAACAUUAA